ACUAUCAUCAUGGUAAUGCUUUCCUCAUUGUCUGAGUUGUGCUGAAAGGAGUAAGACAUAAAUAUUUAUGAAUAUGGCUGAUGAGUCGGACUCAGGUACGCGUCGACGAGAACUUGAGAAGCUAGCAGAAAUUACAUCUGGUUGCCAGAAGAUUUAUGAAGACGCACUGGCAGCUUUAAAAGAAGGAAACAUUUUACCACUAUGUGCACAGCCUUUGUUACAACAACAUUUGGAACCCGUCAACAAUAUGUCUGUGAUAAAAAUGGUCGAAACUCGCGUGAAACAGAUGGAGAAGAGAGAAGUAGCGGUGCUUGUAAUGGGAGAGUUCAACGCAGGCAAGUCAACAUUCAUGAAUAUACUAAUGGGUGGACAGUACCUUCCUAUGGACAGAGGGAAAGUGACACACGUGGUUUGUGAGAUUCGUUACAGCUCAUUACGAAUGGCUAUCUUAAAGUUUGAGGACAAAGGCGAUGAUAAAAUGAUUAUGUUACAAGAAGACAGUACAGAUGUAAAUUGGGUUGAACUGAGGAAAUAUAUUAGAACAAAAGUGUACAGCAGUGAUGAUGAAGCUGAAAGAACCGUUGGGAGAAAAGUUGAAAGAAUCAUCAUUUAUUGGCCUCUAAAAGUAUUGGAGGGUCUUCUGGAUGACACCAAUGAAAGACAUGUUAAAGACAUAACACGACGUGAGCCUGAUGGCCGAUCUCGUACAUCUUCUGACUUUCCACAAGAAUUUUUAGACCGCCUGCGGAAGCCGCAUGCCAGUAGCUUUAACACGAGCGAUCAAGCUGAAGCUCGUGACCCGGACCAAACUGAUCGGAAAGAAGUUGCUACUUCAAAGGACGAAACAUCAUUCCAAAGCAAUGAAACAGAAGGUCCCCAGUUGCAUAAAAGCAAACCAAUAGCAAUAGAAGUUCUUACACAAGACAAUGCAGGCAUAAAUGUUCCUACUGGAGCAUCGGUAGAACGAACCAGUGAAUCUGCACCAGCAAGUUACCAAAGUAAUCACGAGCAUAACGCCGCUGGAAACUGCCAUACAGACAGACAAGGAAAUAAAGAACAUGAGUACACAUCUGAUGCUGAAGAGCAGAACAAUGAUGCCGGAACUGAUCAUAAACACAGACAAAGAUCUAAUGAUAAUGGACACCCGUCUGAAGCUGAUGAUGACACCAACCAAACGUAUGUAAAACAACGACAUCAACAAGAUUCAGCAGAUCAAAAUAUUCAGGAAGCAGCUGGGAAUGAAAAUAUUUCUUCAGUUGAAGGAGAAGCCACCAGUCAGAUACCUGCGUUUCAGUUUGUAUUUUUUGACUGUCCUGGUAUAGACCUACAAGAUAACGAGAAAGACAGCCCCGAAUAUACUGGCAUGAUUGGCGAAGUUGCAAGAUCCCAGUCAUUUAUAUUCAUCCUCGACACAAAUAAAGAUACUGGCAUAAAGAAACGUGGGGUAAAAGCGUUGAUGCAUGAUGUAGAAAAAGUCUUUAAAAGAAGAAAUAUGGAUCUGAACCCUGACCUAUCUCUUUUUGUUGCCAACAAAGCAGAUGUUGUUAUGGGGGACAGAGAAGCGUCAGAGAAACUGAUGGAAGAAGUUCUUCAAAAGCUAACCGAAACUUGGCCGUUGACUCGCAAAGAACACGUGCUUCUAUUUCAAGCAAACAAAGAAUUGAGAGACCAUGUGGAAGAUACCAAGAGAAAACAUCAGAUACAAGACUUUCUGUUACAGACAAUGCGAAUUACACUUGAGGAACAUUGUAUUUGGCUUCUGAGGAUGUUGGAAAUUGCUCAUACCCUGGCUAAGCUUGGACAAGAGUCUUCUCCAGUUGUUUACAAGUUAGAUAACUUGCUUAAAACAACCAAGGAGGAAGCAAUGGUUCUGCAAGGAGAUGUAAGAGAAUUGUCUGAUGUUGAUGUACGUAGGAAGGCAUGGAACGAACUGAGAGAUGUCCUUUUACGGAAUGAAAAAGGUUUGCAAAAAAUACAAUUUGACUUGAAUGAAAUCAAUACAAGAAUUCCGAAUGCAGAAAUCGACUGGGGAGAACUUUCUGGAAUAAUACAUACAUUGAUAGCCGAAAAAGUUGAACGUGAAGUUACAUCCGCGACUACAAAAUUAAGACAGCAACACGAAAAGGAGUUAGGAAAAAUAUAUAAAGAUAUAGAAGAAAGAAUGGGAAAGCUACAGUCGGGAAUAUCUGGUCUUGAGGAGAUGAAAAGAGACGAAGCAAAUUUAAGAAACGGUAUUUAUGCGUUACUUAUGCCUGUUGUAUUAAGCGCAGGUAUUCGAGCGCUACCAGCUAUUAAUCCGUUAAUAUUUAUGGCAGCUCCAAUUAUUCCAUUAGGACUUUUCGGAAAGUUUGUCGUGGAAGAUAUUCAAGGAGCAGUCAAUGAGGCAAAGAGAAGAAAAUUCAAAGCUAAAGAAAUUGAAUUUAUGAAAGGGGAGACAAAAAGAAUUUUGGACAUAUCGAAGAAGGAACUGAAGGGCAAAAGUGAGUUACCGGAGUCGCCGCUUUACACAUAUUUCUUUGGAGAGUCAAAGAAGAAAGUUAUUAUUGACCAGACAGAAAAAGUUAUACAGGUCAUAGAACUACUACAGGAAAUGACAUGUCAUAAAAGUGAACCAAGUCAGAAAUGCUCAAAACGUUUCAUCACCACCAUGAUGAAAUUUUAUGUGGAAAGCGUUAUGAAGCAUGAGUUUACUGAAAAAGAUGAUAUCAACUGGGUUUUCAACAAUGAAAAUAUCAGAUGCACCAUUGAUCAAGGAAGAAACGCCUGCACAUAUGAAGCGAAACUCUCAAAUCGAUUCGAAUUUAAGAAGCCUGUGGCCGUUAAAGAGUUCCGAUGUAAGCUCGAACCUUCCGAUAGAAGCAUAGAUCUACCGACAGAGGUUGAUGCGUACAGGGAAUGUUUCUAUUUACGACAACUGUCGACUAAACGUCAUGACAAACUUGUGAAUUUUCUUGGAACUGGUACAUCGGUUACCGAUGGCUAUCUCAACCUACGUAUUGUCAUGGAGCGGUACAUUGGCGACCUGAAAAGACACGUGAUAUCCACUCCAAGAUCACCUUCCGACCCAAAACACUGGAAGGAGUUUCUGCACUAUGCCAAAGAAUGUACAGAAGGACUCAAAUUCAUACAUGAAAACAACGUGAUUCAUAGGGAUGUUAAACCCACAAAUUAUUUGAUAAAGAAUGGAGUUUCUGCUGGUCUUUACAGCGUGGUCAUAUCUGAUGUUGGCUGUGCCAAAUUCGAAGAAGUGAGUUGUACACGUGGACAAGAAAGAGGAACACCCGCGUAUUGGGCACCUGAGAUCUCGGCAGCAAACACCUUUCAUAGCAAGGCCUCAGAUGUUUUCAGUCUGGGGCUAGUACUGUGGGAAGUCUGGGUUAGACAGCUCUCCUAUGACGAUAAUGGUCGCAAACGCAACUUGCUGAAGGUGAUUGAAGCAGAAAAGAUACCAGUUGUCAAGAACUGUUUAAAGACAGAUCCGAGAUCUAGAAUAACUUCAGCUGACUUACUGGCCGAACUUCGGAUAAUACAAAACUAAAAGCUUUCCUUAAUUUCCCCCCAAAAAAGAGAAAUUGAACAGGUUUAUUGUACCAUUUUAUGGUUCGGAGUCUAAAAUAUUGAAAAGAAACUGUCAAUAUCAUACAGGUUCGUUGUGGCAUUUUAUGGUUCGGAGUCUAAAAUAUUGAAAAGAAACUGUCAAUAUCGUACGAAUUAUACAGGUUCGUUGGUUCGCAGGAUAAACUUUUUAAGUUCAAACUUACUUUAUGAGUAGAAGGUCCCUUAAACAGCAUAGUUACAGCAUAGUGAAAAAUUUGUUACCGAACAGAAGUAGCCGAAUAUUAACACUCAAGACGGAUGUCAUGGGUGUGAUUAGUAGCUAUCAUAACUUAGGGUAAAUUACAUCAUAUUAACGAUUUACAGCCAUACUUCCAUUAUUAAUCAACCAAAAAUUGGAACACGCACUGCACCCUGAGGACGGCGACUUCGUAAGAAAUUGAUUUUUGGUACAAGUGUGGGUGCCUCGGGAGGACAUUUAAUUGACUUGAUAACAAUGUAUACUCGAAUUACAUUAUGUAUGUAUAAUUUUCAUGGAACAAUAUCUUUAUCAACUGAUCACACCUGAUACGGAUGUGAAUGGACGAAAUUCUUAAAACUAAUUUUAGGUAAAUCAGUAGUCUUUCGAUUUUUUGCUAAUUUGUGUGGAAUAUGUAGAUAACACAGAAAUUGAUCUUGUAUGAGUAAUUUAAAU